AUGGCAGGACCAACAGUGACGGUCCACCCACCCGCAUCGCCGCCUUCCGGCGCCAACAACCGCUAUUCGCGCCUGAUCCCCUCGCAGUCGAUUGCGACAGUGUCCGAGUUCACGCUCGAGAGCGGCGUCACGCUUAGGAAUGUCAGCGUCGGGUUCAAGACUUGGGGCAAGAUGAACGAGAGAAAGGACAACGUGAUGGUGAUCUGCCACGCCUUGACGGGUAGCAGUGAUGUCGAGGACUGGUGGGGACCCCUACUAGGCCCUUCUCACGCCUUCGACCCAACUCGCUACUUCAUCUUCUGCGCCAACGUGAUGGGUUCGCCUUACGGGACCGCUUCGCCCGUCACGCAGAACCCGGAUCGAGAGGAUGGAGGGUGGUGGGGACCCGAGUUUCCGUCGACUACGACAAGGGACGACGUGCGGCUGCACAAGAUCCUACUCGACCACCUCGGCGUUUCGACGGUCGCAGUCGUCAUUGGCGGCUCGAUGGGCGGUAUGGCCGUCCUCGAAUGGCCCCUCACGACCCCAGAAGGCUACGUCCGCAACAUCUGCCCGAUCGCGACUUCCGCACGGCAUUCGGCGUGGGGCAUCUCGUGGGGCGAGACGCAGCGGCAGUCGAUCUAUUCCGACCCAGAGUACGAGUCGGGGUGGUAUUCGCCUGAAGGGGACGGGCCGAAGCGAGGAUUGUCGGCGGCGAGGAUGGCGGCGUUGUUGACGUACCGGUCGAGGGACUCGUUCGAGAGCCGAUUUGGACGGAAGGAGGUCGAAUCGGAUGGCGAGGGGCCGAAGAAGGCCAAGGCGAAGAAGAUUGGUGCGGCGCUCGGGAGGGGGAUCAUGACGGACGCGCAUGGCGUGCCGCGGACGCUGGCGGAACGGGCAGAGGCGCAGCACAACGACGGCCACCAGCCCUUCGCGGGCAGCUCACGGCCCGCUUCGCCUCCCCUCUCAACCGCGAAGAACUCGCUCCCGCUCAUGCCAAACGGCGAACCCCUCCCUCCUCCUUCCCCGCCUCCCCUCUUCUCCGCCCAGUCUUACCUCCGCUAUCAGGGCGACAAGUUUGUCUCCCGCUUCGACGCCAACUGCUACAUCCACCUGACGCGCAAGAUGGACGCGCACGACGUCGGCCGCAACCGGCCCGUCGACCCUCCUCCCCUCUCGCUCGUCCCGCCCGGCGCACUCGUCAUCGCCAUCUCGACAGACGGCCUCUUCACUCUCACCGAACAGCGCGAGCUCGCCUCGGCGAUGCCAGACGCAAAGCUCGUGGUCGUCGACUCGCCCGACGGGCACGACGGGUUCCUGCUCGAGUUUGAGCAGAUCAACGAGGCGGUGUUGCAGUUCCUGCACGAGCGGCUGCCGGAGGUCUAUGCGGGCGAGCCGCUGGUCCAGCCGGGCGAGGGCGAGGCGGACCAGGGCUUCGAGGUGAAGAAGGCGAGCCUGUUUGGUGAGGCCGAGGGCGAGGACCAGGAUAUCACGCGGUGGUAG